CUACAAAGUUGCUAAUGCCCAGAAAAUGUUGGUCAAAGCUCUGCUUCUCUUCCUCCUCUUUCGAUUUUGCGAUUCCAGGGACACCUUAACAUGGAACCAAGAACAACUGAAGGAUGAUGGUGGAGUUUUAGUGUCCAAACAGAGCAAGUUCGAGUUGGGUUUCUUCAGCCCUGGAAAUUCUAGCUACCGGUAUAUUGGAAUUUGGUAUUCUCAGACUAAAGUAUCUGAGAAAACAGUGGUGUGGGUUGCAAACAGGAACAAUCCCAUCAAUGAUACCUCUGGUGUGCUCAAAAUAAACAGGUAUGGAGAACUGGCCCUUUAUGCUUAUAACAUGAACAACACUCCUGUUUGGUCCACCAAUGUGUCACGGCCGGUCCAAAAUAAUAACGCAAGCACUUUCUCUGCACAGCUUUUAGAUGCAGGAAAUUUAGUUGUGUUCUUGGAUGAUAAUAAUGAAAUCUAUGUAUGGCAAAGUUUUGAUUAUCCUACAGAUACUCUAAUUCCAGGUAUGAAAGUCGGGGUGAAUUGGAAAACUGGGCUAGAAUGGGUCUUAACAUCUUGGAAGUCACAAGAUGACCCUGGACUUGGGGACUAUACCUUUAGGCUCUAUCCAGAUCAGACUGCCGCCCCCCAAUAUUUUAUGUAUAAAGGUUUGAGCAAGUAUUGGCGAAGUGAGUCAGGACCAGGGCCUCCUUUUGUCACUAAUCAAGAGGAAACUUAUAAUUUCUUCAAUUACACCAAUGCAAUUACAAGAACGACGUUGAACGAUUCUGGUAGGUUAUAUCGUCUUACAUGGGAUAAUGGUGGCGUUCAAUGGAAGGAAGAUUUUUCUGCACCGAAGUCCCGGUGUGACUGGUAUGGACAGUGUGGUGCCAACAGCAAAUGUAAGCCUGACAAUAUUAAUGAGUUUGAGUGUGAAUGUUUACCAGGGUAUGAGCCUAGUUCUAUAAAUGAUUGGAAUCAAAAAAAUGGGUCGGGUGGAUGUGUGAGUAAGCGAGUUGGUGUAUCAAAGUGCGGGAGUGGAGAUGGGUUUGUGAAUGUGGCAAGAGUUAAAUUUCCAGACACAUCAAUAGCAUCACGGUUGAGAACAGGUAUGAGUGCCAAAGAGUGUGAGCAGGACUGCUUAAGAAAUUGUUCUUGCACCGCAUAUUUGAGCAUCGAAUAUGAAGGGCUUGUGGAUUGCUUGAUAUGGUAUGAUGACUUGAUGGAUAUUUUAGUGUACACAGAGCGUGGACGAGAAUUAUACGUACGUGUAAAUAAAACAGAGUUAGCUGCAUAUGCAGGAAGAUCACAAGUUUUCUUGGAAAGGAGGGGUAUGCUAGCUAUUCCAAUAUUGUCUGCUCUACUGGCAUUGGUCCUAAUCAUUAUGCUUGCUUGUUGGUGGCGUAAGAAGAACAGGAACACAAAAGAGAAUAAUGUUUAUUGUUUAGGCAUAGACUUUGUGGAGGCAGAGGAGCUUGAGGAAACUCAGAGACACCCCGAAUUGCAAUUUUUCGAUCUUGACACAAUAAUAGCAGCCACAGACCACUUCUCUCCUGUCAAUGAACUUGGCCAUGGUGGUUUUGGCUCUGUUUAUAAGGGUCAGCUACCAAAUGAACAGAAAGUUGCUGUGAAAAGAUUGUCCAGAACUUCAGGACAAGGGAUUGAAGAAUUCAAAAAUGAAGUUGCACUUAUAGCAAGACUUCAACACAGGAACCUUGUGAAACUUUUAGGCUGUUGUAUGAAGGGAGAAGAAAGGAUGUUAGUCCUAGAAUACAUGCCUAACAAAAGCUUGGACUCCUUUCUUUUUGAUAACACAAGACAGUCCUUCUUGGAUUGGGAAAAGCGCUUUGAAAUUAUCAACGGGAUUGCUCAUGGGAUUCUAUAUCUUCACCAAGACUCAAGAUUGAGGAUUAUCCAUAGAGAUCUAAAAACUAGCAAUGUUCUACUAGAUGCUGAGAUGAACCCAAAAAUUUCGGAUUUUGGCAUGGCUAGAAUAUUCCACAGGGACCAACUGCAAGAUAAGACGAACCGAAUUGUCGGAACAUAUGGCUACAUGUCACCGGAGUAUGCAGUAUUUGGAAGAUUUUCCACAAAAUCUGAUGUCUUUAGUUUUGGGAUCAUAAUGUUGGAGAUUUUAAGUGGCCAGAAAAACAAUGGUUUUGUUCCGGAGGAUCCUUCCAUGAACUUAAUAAGACGUGUAAGCAACACAUAUUUUUCUUACAUUUUAUCUAUGAGUAUUUAUUAUUUUUUAAACUAAAUUUCAAUUGCAGGUUUGGGAGCUCUGGGAAGAAGGCAUAGCCUUGGAUAUUUUGGAUUCGACACUGAAGUCAUAUCACCCUAAUGAAGUCAUGAGAUGCAUACAAGUUGCGCUCUUGUGUGUACAAGAAGAUUCGAAGGACCGACCUGCCAUGUCAGCUGUUGUUUUCAUGUUGAGUGGUGAAGCAUCUCCUCCAUUGCCUAAGCAGCCGGCAUUUGUUUACAGAAGAAGUUCCGGCACUGAUGUUUAUCCAUUACUUUCAAACAGAUCUUAUUCUAUAAACGAUGUGACAGCAUCUACAAUGGAAGCUCGAUAACGAUGCAAACUUAAAAUUAUUCAGUAACAAGUUUCUGUUACAAAAUUCCUGAAAUCAACAUAUAAUAGAGUAACAGAAGCCUCCUAGGCAUUUCAACAAUAUAGUUUUCCUAUACUGUAGGUUUGGUGCAUUUGAAUCCAACUCUUAGCACUUGUUGAAAUCAGAAGUGAACAAAUAUUAGCUUCUUAUUUUUGUGUGUAACUAGCUAAA